AUGUUGACCACGUCGGAGCUUCUUGUUCUGCUAUCCGUCCUGUCUGCCACUGCGUCCGGCUAUUUCGUUAGCAUCGACGCCCAGGCCGAUGAGUGCUUCUACGAGCGCGUCAACUCCGGUACCAAAAUGGGCCUUAUGUUCGAGGUGGCCGAGGGAGGCUUUUUGGAUAUCGACGUGGAGAUAACGGGCCCCGACGGCAAGCUGAUAUACAAGGGCGACCGCGAGUCGAGCGGCAAGUACUCUGUGGCGGCGCACAUGGACGGCACGUACAAAUUCUGCUUCAGCAACAAAAUGUCCACCAUGACGCCCAAGAUCGUCAUGUUCACCAUCGACAUUGGCGAGGCGCCCAAAGGCCAGGACAUGGAGACGGAAGGCGGUGGCACUUGGGAUGCUCAUCAAAACAAGCUGGAGGAGAUGAUCAACGAGCUGGCCGUGGCCAUGACGGCCGUCAAGCACGAGCAGGAGUACAUGGAGGUCCGGGAGAGGAUACACAGAGCCAUUAACGACAACACAAACAGCCGGGUGGUGCUGUGGUCCUUUUUUGAGGCUCUCGUCUUGGUGGCCAUGACGCUGGGACAGAUUUACUACCUGAAGCGGUUUUUCGAAGUGCGGCGGGUGGUGUAA